GACGUGUGUGCUGCUGAUCUGUCAAAAUCCAAAGCCAGUCUCCAUGGCCCAGUUUGGGGGGCAGAAGAACCCUCCAUGGGCAGCCCAGUUUACUGCGACAGCUGUGUCUCAGCCUGGCCACACAGGACAAUCCAUAGACCUGAACAGUCUACACUCUUUAGGUGUUCAGCAGCCAUCUCUCCUGGGUGCUUCCCCCUCCAUGUACACGCAGCAGUCAGCCCUGGCUGCAGCGUCCCUCAACACACAGUCUGCUGCCAAUUACCAGAUCUCCCAGCAGACUGCAGCUCUCCAACAGCAAGCAGCAGCAGCCGCCGCUGCUGCAGCUGCUCUGCAACAGUCUCAGAUUAAUUCGGCUCUACAGCAGUAUCAACAGCAGCAGCAGCAGCAGCAGCAGCAGCCACCUCAAGUUCCCCCACCUCAGCCACCCCCUCAACAAACCCUCUACAGUGUCCCUCAUCAGCUUCCACAGCCUCAACCUGCCCUGCUUUCACAGCCCCCUGUUGCUUUGCCUACCAGUUUGAGUUUGUCCAACCCACAGCAGACAGCCCAGAUCACAGUGUCGUAUCCAACUCCACGCUCUAGCCACCAGCAGCAGAUCCAGCCCCAAAAACAGCGUGUCUUCACUGGAGUCGUCAACAAGCUGCAUGACACGUUUGGUUUUGUGGAUGAAGAUGUAUUUUUCCAGCUUAGUGCGGUAAAGGGCAAAACACCACAAGUGGGUGACCGGGUACUAGUGGAAGCCAUCUACAAUCCCAACAUGCCCUUUAAGUGGAACGCCCAGCGCAUACAGACUUUACCUCAGUUGCCCAACCAAACGCACCAGGUGCCCCAGCCCUUACCUCAGGUUUCCCCACAGCUGUCCAGCUUUUACACUGAUGCCGGAGUGCAGCGCUACUCUGACAUACACACGGCGGUGGAUUCAAGAUCAAAUAGCCAGCCUCCUGCCCCAAACAUGAUAAAGCCGGGCCCUUCCAUGCUUCAAUCUUUACCUCCACCCACUUCGUUUAGCGUUCAAGCCCAGGGUCCCCCUCCCUCGCUUCUACAAGCUCAGCUUUCCGCAGCAUCUUUAGCCCCACUGCUCCAGAAUCCCCCCCAGCCUCUACUGCCGCAGCCACCUCCAAAAGAUUCAGUUUUUUCAGGGGGUUUGCUUCAGCAUCCGGUGCGGAUGAUGCCUCAGCCACAGCCUGUAAGACGUAUCGACCCCUCUCCUCGUUUUCCCAGCCGCAGCGACCGACCAGAGCUCAUCCUAAGAAAAGAUGACAGAAGUAGGGAGAGAGACAGAGAGCGAAGGAGAUCUAGGGAGCGCUCCCCAACACGCAAACGUUCAAGAGAGCGUUCACCUAGAAGAGACCGCUCUCCAAGACGGCCACGCCGAGCUGCACCACGAUAUACUGUGCAGUUUUCCAAGUUCUCCCUUGAUUGUUAUAACUGUGACAUGAUGGAGCUCCGACGAAGGUAUCAAAGUCUCUACAUCCCCAGUGACUUCUUCGAUGCUUUAUUCACCUGGGUGGAUGCCUUUCACUUAUCGCGACCUUUUACUUUUGGAAAUUACUGUAAUUUCCACAUCAUGCAUAAAGAGGUGGACUCUUUGGUAAAAAACACAGCUGUACUUGACCCUCCUGAUGCCAACCACACCUACAGUGCCAAGGUGAUGCUCCUUGCCAACCCAAGUCUGGAUGAAAUGUACCACAAGUCUUGUGCCCUUGCUGAGGACCCACAAGACCUGAAGGAAUCUUUCCAACACCCAGCUCGUCUUAUUAAGUUCUUGGUGGGGAUGAGAGGCAAAGACGAGGCCAUGGCCAUCGGUGGCCACUGGUCUCCUUCACUGGAUGGAGCCGAUCCAGAGAACGAUCCUUCAGUCCUUAUAAAAACAGCAAUACGUUGUUGUAAGGCACUGACAGGCAUUGAUCUGAGUUUAUGUACCCAGUGGUAUCGCUUUGCAGAGAUUCGCUAUCACCGCCCUGAGGAGACUCACAAAGGGCGGACAGUCCCCGCACAUGUGGAGACAGUGGUUUUAUUUCUCCCGGAUGUAUGGCAUUGUCUUCCUACCCGCUCAGAGUGGGAGGGGCUGUCCCGUGGAUUCAAGGAGCAGCUGGCAGAGAAACUCUCGGCUGAACGGAAGGAGGCUGAUGGAGAACAGGAGGAAGAUGAGAAAGAUGAGGAAGAUUCCAAAGAGAUUUCUGCCCCCACUCACUGGUCUAAGCUUGAUCCUAAGUCCAUGAAGGUAAACGACCUGCGUAAAGAACUGGAGAAUCGAUCUCUGAGCUCCAAAGGAUUAAAGUCGCAGCUCAUAGCUCGGCUAACUAAGCAGCUGAAGGUGGAGGAGCAGGUGGAGGAAUCUAAAGAGUCGGUGAAGACAGAGCCUGUUUUUGUGCAGGAGGAAGAGCCAUGCAGAACCAAUGAUGAUAGAGAGGAUGAAGAGCGUAAACGGCAAGAAGAACUUGAGCGCCAGCGUAGGGAGAGGCGUUAUGUACUCCCUGAUGAGCCAACCAUCAUUGUUCACCCCAACUGGGCAGCCAAGAAUGGCAAGUUUGACUGUAGCAUCAUGUCUCUGAGUGUGCUGCUGGACUACAGGCUGGAGGACAAUAAGGAGCACUCCUUUGAGGUCUCUUUGUUUGCUGAACUGUUUAAUGAGAUGCUUCAGCGGGAUUUUGGAUACAGAAUCUACAAAGCUCUUUCUGCUCUUAUGAGUAAGGAUGAGAAAAAAGAAAAGAAAGACAAGGCAAGGAAAGAAGUUGACAGAAAAGAAGUGGAAAGGAGAGACGGAAAGAGGGAAAAAGAUGCCGAUAAUUCUGAGCCUGCAACAAAGAGAUCGAGAGAGGAUGAGGAGAAGAGACGGGAUAAUGGAAAGGAAAGGACACUGAAGAAAGAAGAAUCUAAAGACGAAGAUGAUAAUGACGAUGAAGGAAGCAACACCAAUGCUGACGAAUACGAUCCAAUGGAGGCUGAGGAUGUGGAUGACUAUGACUAUGACGAAAAAGAUGACGAGGACUCCAACGGAAGGGAUAGAAGGGACGACCGUCGAGAUGACCGAAAAUCAAAAGAUAGAUCUUCCAAAGAUAAAGAUGAGAAAAAGAAGCAGAUGGUGACAUUUGACAAAGACCUGCUAAUGGCUUUCAUAUACUUUGAUCAAAGCCACUGUGGCUACCUGCAGGAGAAGGACCUGGAGGAGAUCAUAUACACACUGGGCUUGCAUCUCUCCAGAGCUCAGGUGAAAAAACUGUUAAGUAAACCCCAGGUGAAAGAAACUUGCAAUUACCGUAAGUUAACUGACCGACCCAAAGACGAGGUAUUCACCCCAGUAUUCACAGCUGAUGCUCAACAGGAUAACCUCUUGGGUAACAGACUUCAGCUGCCCAGUGUGAAAACGAGGCGAGAGACACAGGAAGGCAAUGAAUCAGGCGGUCUGAUGGUUUAUAAUGGUGCUUUAGUGGAUGUUGGCAGCAUGCUACACAAACUAGACAAGAGUGAAAAAGCCAGGGAGGAGAUUGAACAGAAACUCAUGCAGCAAGACACAAAAAUAGACGUGGAUGCUAAGCAUAUAGCAGAACUGGAGUCUGCUAACCAAGGUCUAACGAGAGAGCUGGAGCAGGUGAAGGCCAGUCUGAAGGAGACGGAGAAGAACCUCCAAGCCUGCGAGCAGCAGAAGAACAGCUACCAACAUCACCUGCACAGCACACUCUCCAGCCUUAGCACAGUGAUGAAGGACCUGCAGAGCGCCUUACCUAAAGACGAUCAUCUUGAAGGAGGCGAGCAGAAAACUCAAGCUAAUGGUGCAGACAGUUGAACGGGUUACAUCUGACGUUGACUCAGUCCUGCGUUCAAAUCUGUAAAUAAGCACUGAGCUCAUUGAAUUGGAUGCUACUGUUUUAAUAAAUGUUGUUGUUUUUUUAUUUUUUAGCACGGAUGUCAUUUUCAAGACAAAGGAGUACAUAGUACACAUAGUACACUUUGUUUUCCUCUCAGUAACUUGACAUGCUAUAUUUUUGAGGAUGCUUACAUAGUUAAAUGAUGUUCACUACAAAAAAGUUUAUCCAGUUUGUCAUAUUUAAGUUUAUUUUCAAGUAGCAACAAUGUUUUUGAUCUAAACGUCCUGUUCUGAAGAACCCAUGCCCAUUUUUUGUUUUGUCAGCAUUCAAGCUGUUUGAAUGUGUUUUCUAAGCUUCAUUAGCAAUAAUAUAAUUAUAAAAAAGUAUGAUUAAUUGAUAACCUUUUUGACAUGAGGACUGAGGUAGAGUUGCGUAAUGGAUGCAGUCACACUCAGGAUAGAGAUUUUUGUUAUCCAGAUACCAUACAGUCGUCACUACUUAAUGUCUUUGUUGUGCAUUGCUAACUUGCUGCUGCCUUUUCAUGAUAUGCAUCCAAACUAAUGCAUGUAUAUUUUCUUAAUCCUGACAGUUGAGGUUCUGUUUGAUGUAAUGUUCAACUUCAGUGGGUUUUUUUGUUAUUUCAAAGGAAGGUUGUGGCAUGAAUGGCUUGUCUGUUUUGAAAUAGUGGGUAUUGGAAUUAACUUGAGUUCAUAUCUGUACACUUGAGAAGUAAAUUACAAGAAAUUCAGGACUAAUUCAGGGGUGGACAAAUCAGUAGCCGUGGUGCCCGGGACAAGUACAUUGUUGAUUCAGGAUAUAAGUGUUUUAUUUAAACAGACCUAGUGGUCAAAUCACUCACUAUGUAGCUGUAAGAGGUGAUCCCCAUUAUUUCUUUAAUUAACUUGAAAAGUAAAACGUUUCCAUUUUGGCUUUCUUUCAGGAUUUUAGAAAGUUUCCCGAUGGUUCAUGUAUUUUGUGGUGGUGUGACAGAAAAAAUUACCAACUACUUAGAUUUGUGGGCAGUGCUGAAGGGGACACCCUUCCACACUAAAUUACUACUGUUUCUAAAUGAUUUAGGUUUACUCUGUUUUUCGGGUUUCACCUGCCAUUUGUGAGGAUUUAAUCAAGUCAAUGACACUGUAAUGAGUCUUUACUUGAUUACUAUCUAUAAACUAUAAGAUUUGCCCCUUACUGAUGAGUUCUUUUAUUAUUGAACUUUUAAAUAAGUAUUCAUUAAUGCAUUUACCAUGUUUGGUCAUUAACGCCACUGACUACUUGAUUCAAUCCGUAUCAUCUAUUGUCAGGUUGGGCGGCACGGUGGCUAAGUGGGUAGCACUGUCGCCUCACAGUAAGAAGGUCCUGUGUGGAGUUUGCAUGUUCUCCCCGUGUCUGUGUGGGUUUACUCCGGGUGCUCCGGUUUCCUCCCACAGUCCAAAUACAUGCAAGUGAGGUGAAUUGGAGAUACUAAAUUGUCCAUGUGAACUGAUGAAUCUUGUGUAAUAAGUAACUACCGUUCCUGUCAUGAAUGUAACCAAAGUGUAAAACAUGAUGUUUAAGUCCUAAUAAACAAAUACCGUCAGGCUUUAUUAAUUCACCCUAACAGCCAUUUUAUUUUGUGUAUUAUCUUUAAUAUAUAUCCAUUAAAAUUACAUACUAUGUAUAAAUGGAAUUUAAUAUUACACAAGCUUUUUUAGCACUGUUUAUUACGUUUCUGGGCACCCACAUAAUGGCUCUUGGCAAGCACAUUGAUGGAUUGAGCUUCAAAAUGUAUGAUUUGUCCACCCCUGUUGGUAUUACAUGGAAGUGUGCCAACCUGGAAAUAGGAAAGAAUGAUUGCAUUGAUUUUAAGUUAAUGUUUGCUGCAGUAAACUAAUUAUAGGAAAUGAAAAGCUUACCUUAGUAACAAUGAGCCCCAAGCCAACCAAGUGCAGAAUAUUUUUCUAUUUCAGAUGUACCAUGGUUGUUCUAUGUAAACAUUAAAAUUGUUCAUUUUAAAA